AUGCAGUGGGACGCGUUCCGCACAGCGCGCAUGGCAGGCGCAGGUCUCUUGCUGUCCGGACCCACUCUUCACUUGUGGUUCACGCGCCUCGCCAAGUUCAUCCCAGGCACGGACGUGCCUCGCGUGCUGCUCAAGAUAGCCAUGGGACAGCUGCUGUACAGCCCUGUCUUCAACUCCGUGUUCUUCUCCAUCAACGCUGCUCUGCAAGGGGAAAACAAGGAGCAAAUCAUUGCUCGCCUGAGACGAGACUUGAUACCCACCCUCAUCAGCGGCGCCUGCUACUGGCCUGUCUGUGACUUCAUCACGUUCCGAUACGUCCCCGUGAGACUGCAGGUACUAACGAGCAACACUGCAGCUUUCUUCUGGACCAUCUACGUCACUUACAAAGCGAGCCUGGCUCCUGCUGCUGCUGCGACCGCUGAUGCUGAUGCUGAUGAUGAUGCGACUCCACCGAAUGACAGCAAGGAAGAAUAG